GCUUCGAUCUUUCUUCAAUACUCUCUCGAUUUUCCAUUGUCACCAUCACCACUGUAACCCUAGCACUUGCUCCUCAUCUUCCUUGCCCUUCUUCUUCCAUCCUCUGCAAUCACUCCGGCAGCAUUGUACUUUCAAUUCUUCUUCUCCACCGGCACCGGAAAAUGGAGGAUAAUCCCCCGCCGGAGGGCGUGAUUUUGUUUUAUGCUGGAGUUAUAGUUGGCGGUGAGAGGAUGGUAUUGUUUGAACCAUCUUGUAUUUUAUAAGCGCCGUCGUUCUUUGGAACGGGUGUUGGAUUGGGGUGGGUGGAUCGUGUUCGGUUUGGUUUUGUUGAUCAUGGCGAAAGGAGGGCAAUGCUUCGAGAAGACUCGCAGGUGCUUUCGGACGGUUUUCUUCAUGGUGGCGAUGUUGGUGUCGCUGCUUGUCACGUCGUUGCCGGUGCUCGUGGCAUUAGUCGAUGUGUUGGUGCCCAGUGUCUUGCUCUCUAAUUUUAUGUGCGUGAGCUGCCGCAGUUUCAAAGUGCAUUGGCGUCGAUACGCUUUCAAGAGCUCCUUGAUAGAUAUUCCUCUCGUUUCGGUCGUAAGAUCCCUCAUCAUUCUCUGUGUCUAUACCAUUUGUGAAGGCCCUGCUUUAUCCCAUGGUCCAUACCUUGGAACUGUGACUCUGUGUUCGUUACUCUCUGUUGUUCUUCUAUCAGUCAAAGUUUGUGUUUUCACUGUAAAUUCUCAAAUUGAAGUGGAAGCUUCAGCAACCAGCUCAAAACAGAGGCUCCACUUGAAGAAGUCAUGGGGAAUACCAGUCCUAUUUCUUUCGUCAGUUGUGUUGGCCCUUGGCCACACUGUGGUCGCUUAUAGAACCAGAUGCAGAGCUCGGAGAAAGCUCCUUCUUCACCGAGUUGACCCUGAAGCUGUCCUUUCAUGCAAACAUGUUUUUUCUGGUUAUCAAAAGGUCCCGCGUUCUCCCACUCCUUCUGGGGGAAGAACCCCAAAAAGUGACACUGAGAUGAAGAGGAGACCAUAUGCGACAGCUCGCGAGGAAGAACUGCCAGUCAGUCUGCUUGCAGAUUCGAACAGCUUGUUCAUUACAUGCCAAGGGCUAAGACUACAUUACAAGAUAAGCUUUCCUGGUUCUCCUCCACAUUCCUUGUCCUCGACAUCCUUCGUUGAACCAAAUUCUAGUUGCAGCUCUUCAUCAAUGUCUGGGGAUUUAGAAAACUUGAAUAGGCAUUUGCUUAGCAUGUCUCCCAAAAUGCAGAGACUACUCCACAGGAGCUAUAGCAUUCAAUUCCAUGGGUCAUCUCUACAUUCUCCUCUUUUGGAUGGUCCCAUGACUUCUUGUAUUCCGUCUGAAGAUAUCCAUUCUUUUUGCCUUGAUGGAAUUCAUGAAGAUGAUGAGACAAGUAAAUUGGAUUCUAUGUCUUUGGAGCAAAAUCCGGACGAUAUUGGGCCUAAUAGCCAAUUUGGUAUUGUAUUAGUGCAUGGAUUUGGUGGAGGAGUCUUCUCUUGGAGGCAUGUGAUGGGUUCUCUGGCUAGGCAAUGUAAAUGCUCAGUUGCUGCAUUUGACAGGCCAGGUUGGGGGCUAACUUCAAGGCAGCGUCCGGAAGAGUGGGAGGAAAAAAAUCUGCCUAAUCCUUAUAAGCUUGAAAGUCAGGUUGACUUGCUUGUCUCUUUCUGUUCCGAGAUUGGCUUUUCUUCAGUAGUGCUUAUCGGUCAUGAUGAUGGAGGGGUGCUUGCUCUGAAGGCUGCUCAGAAAGUUCAAUCAGCGAUGAGUUCUUCCAACGUUACCAUUAAAGGGGUAGUAUUACUAAACGUUAGCUUGUCAAGAGAAGUAGUUCCUUCCUUUGCAAGAAUCCUUCUCCAUACCUCACUUGGAAAGAAGCACUUGGUUCGUCCUCUUCUAAGAACAGAAAUCACUCAAGUGGUGAAUCGGCGUGCUUGGUACGAUACUACCAAGCUGACAUCAGAAGUUUUGACUCUCUAUAAGGCCCCAUUACGUGUAGAAGGAUGGGACGAAGCGCUUCAUGAGAUUGGCAAAUUGUCAUCUGAAACCAUACUUUCAACAAAAAACGCAGAAUCUUUGCUUCAAUCUGUGGAACACAUGCCCGUGUUGGUCAUUGCGGGUGCUGAAGAUUCCCUUGUUUCUCUCAAAUCUUGUCAAGCUAUGGCUUCAAAACUUGUAAAUUCUAGGCUAGUUGCAAUAUCUGGCUGUGGCCACCUUCCACAUGAGGAAUGUCCAAAGGCUUUGCUUGCAGCCAUAACACCUUUUAUCACUAGACUCUUGUCUGUAUCUGACUUGCAAGGCCAAUAAGGUUGUCCCUCUUUUUCA